CUGGCUUGGUGUGUUCUUUUGUGUCAGGCAUUUUCGGUUCUUCUUCCUUUGAUGGCUUGAUGGAGUGCCUUGCUUGCCUUCAGUCAGACCAGCAACCCGAGAAAGGAAGGAGCCUCAAACACAGGAGAAGCUCGGACAGCUAAGAGCCGCGCUCAACGCGCUCAACAGCAGAAGGCAAGAAGGCACUCAACCCUCUUUCCCCCAUCCCAUGAGAAAUGAGCCCACCCACUACUUCACGCAACAGUAUGGCAAGGGCAACAACUGCAGCUGCAUGUGCAUGGCUGCUCAUGGCGAUCGCGGCAGUACACAGCGCCGAUGCCGCCGAGCGUUUUACUGUCGUGAACGAAAAUGCAGCGGCCCAUCAUAAUCGUGCGUGGCCUUCUGCUCCUCCUGGGAGCCCUGCACGCCCACACCGCAGAAGAACACAGUCUUCGCUAUCCUUCGAAGACUUCUUCCUGACACAGGAGGUCAAUCACAGCACUUUCUUUGGCGCCUGGUAUCAGCGGGACACGCUCAUCGCCGAGGAUGUCAUGUCACCGCACAUGCGGUUCCUAACACGGCCAUUGGCACGAGUGCCAGAGCUGUGCAGGGCGUUUGAGCUGCAAGACAAGCAAAAUGGCGGAUUCCAGAUGAAGGAGCAAGGCGAGACACGGCAGGUGUCCUCGUGCAAGCAGAUGGAGGACGAGCUGGCUGCCGGCGCGGGUUUGCUCAUCCGCUACGAGGACCUCGUGGACUCCCCCGCAGAGGACCACGUCAAGCAGCUGCAGGACGGCGUGCGCGACGUGUUUGGCACAGAGUCCACGGUCCACCUGUACCACGCCACGCAGAACGAGUCGCGCGCCCUCAUGCCGCACACAGACCCCUACGACGUCCUUGUCAUCCAGCUCCACGGCUCAAAGCGCUGGACAACCUGCAUCCCAGACGCAUACGUCUCCGAAACCGACACUGACAACGACGGAAGCGACACCAACGCGGAGGACGACGACAACACCAACACCGGCACUGGGGACCACGGUGCUUCUGCUUCUGCUUCGUCGUCGUCUUCUUCCUUCCCAAGCCGCCACGGCACACGCUCGCGUCCAAGCGAGACAGAGACCAUCAAGCACUUCAACCCUGCGCAGCUGGGCCAGCUGCAGGAGAUCCGGCGCCAGAAGCAAGAAGGGUGCACGCGCUACGAGGACAGAGACCUGCGUGGCAUGCGCUGCAACGAGUUCACGCUGCGUGCCGGCGACACCAUGUACAUGCCCAAGGGCAUCAUCCACUUUGCGCUGUCGGGCGAGGAGGGCUCGUCGCAUCUCACCAUCUCGCUGGAGCGCAAGGGCCUGGCGUGGGCCGAUGCGCUCAUGCACGCUGCACUCUCUGGCGCGGACAUUGUGGACAACCCGGCGUUCCUUGGCCACUGGAAGAACACGGUGCAGUCGCUCAUCAGCGACUACCGCGGCGUGCAGCUGCUGGAGGCCAUGCCAUCCUGGCACCUCAACACGGGUGCGCUGUGUGCAGCGCAUGGACAGGAACAACAACAGCAGCAGCAGCAGCAUGGUGAUGGCAGUGCAGCUGGCGGUGAGCGUGAUGAGGUGAAGGCGUUUGUGGCGUCGUUCCAGUCGCUGUGUCGCGAGGUUGGACCCGAUGUGCUUGAGACGUACACCAAGGCAAACGACCUGGACGCGUUCCUGAAUGCAGACGGCAUUGGCGCGCUUGUUGAGCGCGUGUGCAGCGAGGAGUCGGCCACUGCUGUUGUGGAGCAGCUGUGCGCACGCGGCAAAAUGCCCGUGGACGUGACGUCGCCGCGCUUCCGCAAGAUGCGCGUGCCGCAGAUGGUGCGUAACGUGUGCAUUUGUGUCACAUUGGCGUGCAAUGGCUGCGACGCGGGAUGUGAUGGCAGCUGCGAUGACAGUUGCAACCUGUGCACGACAGGCUGUGACCUCUGCUUUGGCGGCUGCAAUACUCUUUGCGACGACAUCAUAUGCACUGGCGGUUGUGAUGACUCUUGUGACGAGUGCACAACAGCAUGUGACAAUGGUUGUGACGACGAAUGUGACGCUGGCUGCGACGCUGGAUGCAAUUUAGACUGUACAUUGUCAUGUGAUGAUGGCUGCACAACGGGUUGCACAUCUGGUUGUGACACGUCCUGUGAUUCGGGUUGCGAUCGCGACUGCGACGACACAUGCAUCUUCUGCGAUCUGUCUUGUGAUGACGAUUGCAACCCGGUGUGCGUCUCAGGGUGCGACGAUGGCUGUGAUGAACACGGAUGCAGCUGUGAUUUCUGUUUUGAAGAUUGCGACGACAACUGUGACGAGGAUUGCAACACCGGAUGUACCCAAGGCUGCGACGACGGUUGCAACACGUGCACUUUGGAAUGUGACACAGGCUGUAACGCUGGCUGCGAUAGCGGGUGUAACGAAGGGUGCAUCAACGGAUGCGAUACAUCCUGCGACACACAGUGUACCGGGACAAACUGUGAUGGUGGAUGCACUACCGACUGCAACGCAGAUUGUGAUGACACCUGCAACGGCCCAUGUGACGCGGGUUGCGACCAGUGUGACGAAAGCUGUGAUGACUGUACCUACGGCAGCUGCGACAGUUCAUGUGACGGGUCGUGCUCGUGCAACCCGGGCUACUACGGCAGUGGCACGUCGUGCACUGCAUGUGGCCCCAACACGUACAGCGCCAGCAGCGGCCAGAGCUCAUGCACACCGUGCGGCUCCUGUGGCUCAAACCAGUACCGCGUCAACUGCGGCGGCAGCAAUGCUGGUUCGUGCACGUCGUGUGGGUCGUGCCCUGCAGGCUCUGAGCGCACGGGCUGCAGCGGCACCAGCGCAGGCACAUGCUCGCCGUGUGACUCGGGAACAUACAAGACGUCACAAGACAACCAGCCGUGCAGCCCGUGCGGGUCGUGUGCGGCCGGGUACUACCUCGCCGGGUGCGGCGGUUCCAGCGCUGGCGAGUGCGUCGGCGUGCAGUGCAACACGCCACCGAGCGUGAGCCAUGGCAGCGUGUCCUCGCUAAGCAACAACGGGCGGUAUCCCAGCACAGCGACAUACACGUGCGCGCCAGGGUACAUGCUGGCCAGCUCCAGCGACAACAAGCUGCAGUGCCAGACAGACAAGACGUGGGCCGGGACGAUGCCGCGGUGCAUUGGCGUGCCGUGCCCGGGGAUCAGCAUUGCCCACGGCAGCGUGUCACCGUCAGGCACCAUCCGUCAUCCAUCCACAGCAGGUGUGUGUGUGUGUGUGUGUGUGUGUGUGUGUGUGUGUGUGUGUGUGUGUGUGUGUGUGUGUGUGUGUGUGUGGUUGUGUGUGGAUAUGGUGGUGCUGCCCCGUGACAUGGUCGACACGGGGGAUGCGCAGCGCAGCUGCAUUGCCAGCUCGGGCGGAUUUGGCGGCACGGCGCCAUCGUGUGUGGGGGUGCUGUGCAACCCACUGAGCGACCCGCAGAACGGGCACCUGCGCCUGAGCUCGACGCCAGCGCGGUACCCGGCGACGGCGGAGUUCUCGUGCGUGCCCGGAUACGAGCUUGUUGGGCAGGCGCAGCUGUCGUGCAAGACGGACAAGACGUGGUCUGCGCCUGCGCCGACGUGCCGUGGAGUGCUGUGCACGGCGCCGAGCAUUGACCACGCGCAGGUGUCGGCGACAUCUGGGCGGUACCCUGCUGAUGCGAGCGUGACGUGUGCACCUGGGUAUGGGCUGGUUGGCGCGCCGACGCUGUCGUGCCGCACGGACGGGACGUGGGGCGAGCUGCCCUCGUGCCAGCUGUGCCCGGCCAACUCGUAUGCGCCGUCGCCGACACAGCCGUGUGCUUCGUGCCCUUCUGGCACGUCGACCAACGGGCAGACGGGUGCGACCAAGUGCGAGUGCAUUGCUGGACACGAGCCCAGCGGCGACGGAAGCACCUGCGUUCCCUGCCAAGCCAACCACUUCAAGCCGGACUUUGGCUCCGUGUCGUGCCAGCCAUGCCAAUCUGGCCAAUCUGGGUUCCAGACUGAGAACGGCGACUUUACCCGCUGCGUCGGUGUCCCUUGCGGCCCCGUGCAAGACAUUGAGAACAGCGACCCAGAGAACACCAUGAUGCACCGGUACCCGGCCACUGUGUCGUAUGAGUGCGACACGGGGUUCCAGCUUGUUGGCGAUGUCAGUUCCAUCACCUGCCAGACAGAUGGCACGUGGUCUGCGCUUCCCUCCUGCACCUACAUCUGCGGCGAUGGCCUCGUUGUUGACGGGGAGGAGUGCGACGACGGAAACACGGAUGAUGGCGAUGGCUGCUCGUCCACGUGCCAGCUGGAGGAUACACACGCGUGCGUGGACCCUGGCGAGGCGUGCGUGUACUGCAACUUCACGUCGCGGCCGGAGCGGCUGGUGCUUGCGUGCGACGACCCCAUGCUGGACACAAAGGUGCAGACGUGGGCAGACGCAACCGGCAACGCAGAGGUGCUGGACCACGAGCACUGCGGCGACCCCUCGCUGUCGUACGUUGCGGGGAAGCCGCGCGGCACGGUGCCGGGGUGCUACCGCAGCGUGUACGAGUUCAUGGUUGCGUUCAACGGCGGCAAGGUGAUGGAGACGGCGACGGGCGUGGUGCGCGUGUACGACGACACCAAGCCGACGUUCCAAGACCCGCCGUCAUCCACGACAGCAGACUGCCACAGCGUCCCCGCCUUUGCGGAUGUGUCGGCAUCGGACACGUGCAUGGCGUCGUCGCCCGCAGUGAGCAAGCAGGAGGUGCGGACAGACGGGGCGUGCCCGUACGCAUACACGCUGACGCGGACGUGGAACACGCAGGACGCGUGCGGCAACGAGAACGCGGCGACGCAGGUUGUGACGGUGCAGGACGUGACCAAGCCGACGUUCACCACGCGGCCCACAGACCGGGUGCUGGAGUGCUCUGCGGACGUGGACGCGGACAUUGAGGCGCUGCGCAUGAAGCACGUGGACGCGGCGGCAACGGACCUGUGCUCCGACACACUGUUGUUUGAGACGGUUGAGACAGCGCGGGACCUGAGCGGGUGCGGCGGCACGGGCCAGGUGUCGCUGAAGGUGACGGUGACCGACGAGUGCGGCAACCCGCAGGAGGAGACGGUGACCGUCGACGUGGUGGACAAGACAGCCCCAGUGCCCGUGAACGUGCCUGCGGAUGUGACGGUGGAGUGCUCUGCGAUCCCGCCCAUUGCAGAUGACGUGCAUGCGAGGGACGCGUGCGGGUCGCGACGUGUGAAUGCGACGGCGAGCGAGGAGCGGCAGGACGGGCCGUGCCCGCACAGCUACGACCUGCUUCGCACAUUCACGUUUGUGGACGCGUGCGACAACCCGGUGAGCAGGACGCAGCGGGUGACGGUGCAGGACACGACGGGCCCCGUCAUCACGCGGGACGCCGACGACCUGGAGCUGGAGUGCAGCGCAGAGCGCAACGACGCCACAAUUGCGGCGUGGCUGGCGGUGAACGGCGGCGCGCAGGCCAUGGACGCGUGCAGCGGCGUGCACACGCUGACGUGGACGCACGACUACGACCCGCAGUACUACGAGGUGUUCCCUGGCGGCUGCAGCGUGGGCACGGGCCAGGUGCUGGUGACGUUCACGGUUGCGGACGAGUGCGGGCGCACCAGCACGGUGAACGGCAGCAUCAAGAUUGUGGAUACGCGGGAGCCCGCGUUUGUUGCGCCGCUGCCGCCGCUGACGGGGGCGUGCGACGCGGUGCCGCAGGCGACGGUGCCGCAGGCGUACGACAACUGCACGGGGGAGGUGACGCCGACGCAGACGACGACGCGGAUGGACGGCGACUGCCCACACCAGUACCACCUGAUCCACUCGUGGGUUGCGGAGGACGAGUGCGGCUGGACAACGACGACGCAGCAGACGGUGACGGUGACGGACGCUGCGGCGCCCACCAUCACCAAGCAGAGCGCAGACAGGACGGUGGAGUGCUCGGUGGCGGACAACGAGGCGCGGCUGGAUGCAUUCCUGGCGGAGCACGGCGGCGCGCAGGCGACGGAGGUGUGCGGCGGCGUGACGUGGCUGUACUCUGACGUGGACACGGUGCUGGAUUUGGCGCAGGGCGCGUCUGGGGACGUUGUGGCGCAGGACGGGUGCGGGACGACGUUCACGGCGACGGCGCACUUCUAUGCCGUUGACGAGUGCAGCAACGCGGCGAGGACGACGGCGACGUUCACUGUGCAGGACACGCUGGCGCCCGUGCUUGACACGCCGCCGGCGGCGUCGAUUGACGCGUCGUGCGAUGCGGUGCCCGCGCUGAGCAACAUCAGCGCAACGGACAUGUGCGCGGGCGCGCUGGUGGCUGUUGCCAGCGAGGAGCGGCUGGACGGGCGGUGCACGCACACGUACACGCUGUCGCGGACGUGGAUGGUGCAGGACCCGUGCGGGCACAUGACAACCAAGUCGCAGCUGGUGCACGUGGACGACAGCGCGGAGCCCGUGAUCACCAAGGAGGCGGAGGACCUGGUUGUGGAGUGCAACGCGGAGACGGACAGCGUGAUUGCGGCGUGGCUGGAGGCGCACGGCAACGCGGCGGCGGCAGACGCGUGCGACCGGGAGCUGACGUGGCAGCACGACUUUGAGAGCGUCAAGUACCUGCUGCAGUACGGGUGCGGGUCGAACGCGGUGAACGUGACGUUCACGGUGAUGGACGACUGCGGCAACGCGGCUGAGACGCAGGCGCGUGUGGUUGUGCAGGACACGACGGCGCCGUUCUUCACGCAGCUGCCGAGCGACGACCGCGCGGAGUGCGACCCGACGACAAACCAGAACACGCUGGAUGCGUUCCUGGCGACGUACGGCGGCGCGCGGGCGUCUGACGUGUGCGGCAGCGUGGUUGGGCAGGACGUGGCGUGGUCGUACGUGGUGGACCUGCAGACGGUCGGCAACGUGACGGUGUUCUACCGGGUUGAGGACGCGUGCGGGUAUGUUGGGCUGGCGAACCGCACGGUGCAUGUGCGGGACACGCUGCCGCCGGAGGUUGAGGUGCUUGGGCCCGGGGAGAUGUUUGUGCGGGCCGGCUCGACGUUCUACGACCCGGGCGUGCGUGCGCGGGACAACGUGUGGCCGACGGUGAGCGUGGAGACGGUUGUUGUUGCGGACGGCGCAGAGUCGCGGGCGGUGCACGAGGCGCCGCAGGCGCAGGGGCGCGAGGUGUUCCAUGUUGUGUACACGGUGCGGGAUGGCAGCGACAACCAGGUGACGCAGGUUGGGCGGACGGUGCACGUGCUUGCGGCGCCGGAGCGGUCGCCUGCGUCGUCGUCGGCAACGCUGUCGUUUGACUUUGGGGUGACGCUUGCUGUUGCGGAUGUGCCUGGCGGCGGUGCAAGCGGUGCUGGCGGGCGGCGCGAGGUGUACUCUGUUGCGCGGGCGGUGACGAGCGUGUCGGUGGACCCGGCUGCGCACACGCUUGAGGCGGACGGGCUGGACGUUGUGCUUGGCGGGGACGUGGAGGACUUUGUGGUUGAGGGCGGAGACGGCAGCAGCGCGUCGCCGGGGGCGGCGUAUGUUGAGCUGCACGUUGUUGUUGGGGGCGCAACGGCGGACGUGGUUGAGGCUGCGCGGGCGUCGCCCAAGGUUGAGGCGAUGACUGAGCUGACACGCGCGGUGUCGUUCUUUGGCUCGAUGCGCAACGCGGACGGCGACUGCGCGGGGCUGGACACGAUUCCGGAUGCGCUUGCGCGGCACGGGCGCACGUAUGUGAGCGCGGAGUGCGAGGGCUGCCUGUGCGUGUACGAGGCGCUUGAGCCGUCGUCGGAGGGCGAGUUUGAUGCGCCGCAGCUUGAGGAGACGGUGCAGUACCACGUGACGCUGCGGCCGUCGGACAACCGGGCCUUCAACCUGGCGCAGCUGCGCCUCAAGCUGUACGAGCUGGGCGUUGUGCCGGUGCUGCUGCGCUUCGAGCCCACGCCGGCGCCCACGACAACGACCACCACCUCGACCACAUCCGCCACCACCACUGACACCACGACAAGCGCUGCACCGACGUCUGCUGCUGGUGCUGGUGCUGGCACAGCUGCGGCAAACGCGACCGCUGUCAGUGGCAACGCAACAGCAACAGUGACUGCAACGGGCGGUGCUGGUACAUCGUCCAGCACAACGACGGCGAGCACGACCACUACGACCACCAGCACGACGACGACCACGACGCAGGCUGUUGAAGCAGUGACGUUUGUGACGCGAACGCCGUUGCCAAAGGGAAGCGAUGCACUGCUGCCUGCGCGGGCUGUUGUUGAGAAUGUGCGUGCGGUUGUUGCGACGCGGGUGGAGAUGGCUGUGACACCUGACCUGACGCGGGUGACGCUGCUGAACCAGUUGUACCACCUCGGCAUCGUUCCCAAGACGUGGUCCAUGGAGGCACGCGAGUCUGAGACGGUGCUUGUUGUUGUGACGUACAACGACGUGACGGCGGCGGCGGUGGCUACGCUGGAGAACGAGGUGACGUGGGUGCUGGGUGCGGUGUCUGUGACGUACCUGUCGACGGAGCCGCUUACGCCGCCCGCGUGGUCGUGCAACUACACGGUGGACACGGCCGGUGUUGGGGCGAACAUGACUGGCGCUGCAGCGGCGGUGAACGAGACGCUGCACAUGCAGGGGCUGACGCAGGGGGUCGACUACCGACUGCACGGGUGCGACGGCGACGUGAAUGCGAGCGCAGCGUGUGUGAUUGAGACGCGUGCUGCGCUUGGCGGCGGUGUGCUGCUUGCGCUUGAGGCGUGGCCGGCGGUAGUUGCUGUUCGGGAUGACGGAUGCGUGACGCUGGACGACCUCCUGCUCACCUCCAUCAAGGCCAAGCUUGGUAGGGUGUGA